AUAUGUUUAUAGCCUAUGCUAAUGUAGAUGGCCAUAUGAUUUACCUAUAAUCUACAUUUUAUAUCAAAUGUAAAGGGUAUUUACUUGCUCGAUUAAUUAAAUUAGUUUAAUUAAAUAAAAAUGCCGAAGAGAAAAACAAAGAGAUUUAUCGACAAGAAAAAUUCUGUUACGUUCCAUCUGGUCCAUCGAUCGCAAAAGGAUCCGUUAGUGGCAGAUGAAACGGCACCGCAAAGAGUUCUCGUACCAGUUGGUGAGGUACACGAGGCAAAAACAGAAAGAAAGACAGUAGACAGUGAAAAGCGUAAAGAGGAACAGCAAAAGUAUGGUAUAUACUUUGAUGAUGACUACAAUUAUUUACAACACCUUAGAGAUGUUAACACGUUGUCGGUUGAAUGGCAACGCAUUGAGAAUACUAAUCAUAGCAAAUGUGACAAAGAUGCUCCAAAAAUUAACUUACCAUCCUCCGUUUUUGCAUCAAAUGUUGAGGAAAAAGUUGGUAUGCUCAAUAAAGCGGCACCAGUCUCUGGACCACAAUUGGAUCUUGAUCCAGAUGUGGUUGCUGCCAUGGAUGAUGAUUUUGAUUUUGACGAUCCUGAAAAUCAGUUGGAGGAUAAUUUUAUAGAAAUGGCUAACGCUGGAAGUAGUGAUAGUGAGAAUUCUGACAGAGAAUAUGAAUAUGAAUUGGGUGAAUCGGGAAAUGAAUAUAAUGAAUCUGAUGUUUCCUCCGAGGGUAACAUGAAUUUAGCUGACGAGGAGGCAGACGAAGUACAUAGCAUAAAUGGACCUCAAUAUACUUUCAAAGAAGAAGAAAUAAAAUCGAGAUUUACAGAAUAUUCUAUGAGUAGUAGCGUGAUGAGACGAAAUGAACAACUUACGUUAUUGGAUGAUAAAUUUGAACAGAUGUAUGGUGCAUACGAUGAAAAUGAAAUUGGUGCUUUAGAUUGCGAUGAAAUCGAAGGAUACGUAGCGCAUGAUUCGGAUCUUAUUUUACAAUAUGCUGUUGAGUUUGAGAAAAAACAGAAAGAAGAUACGGAGAAUAUUGCGGAGCUUAUGAAAGAUAGAAUGAAAAUUGUGGAAACAGAGAAAGAAUAUUCGAGUUCGGAAGAUAAUGAUUUAGAACAACUCAUUGUCGAUGCUCGUGAGAAGGAUAAAUGGGAUUGCGAAAGUAUUCUUAGCACAUAUAGUAAUAUUUACAAUCACCCUAAAUUAAUUCCAGAUCCUCCAAAGUGUUCAAAAAAGAUUGAAAUUGAUCGAAAAACUGGUGUCCCAAAAAAUGUAUUAGGCAACACUGGAAAAUUAACAGCCGAGGCAUUAGCUCAAUUUGAUGCGACAGAUAAUAUAUUAAAAAGUUCACAAUCCAUUGCAGAAAGUAGAAAAUCCACCUUAAGCAUUUUAAGCACACGACCUAAAGGAGAAACUUCCGACGCGAGGAAAGAAAGAAAAAAAUUACUCAAAGAAUACAGAAAAGAAAGAAGGAUAGAACGAAAAGCAAAUACAGAGGCAUUUAAAGAGGAAAAGAAGUGUCAAGAAAAAAUUAGAUUGAAUAACAAACAAAACAUUCACGGAAAUCGCAUGUUAUAAAACAUUCUGUAGAAUUUUUUUAUAAUAUGGAAAGA